AUGUCUUCUGAUAGUAUUGCUACUGGUAUCAGCACCAGUUCUGGUGGUAGUACCGGCAGUGCUGCUGCUGCUACCAAUACCAGCUCACCCAACAAUGCAAAACUGAAGAUGUCUCCUCCCUUCGAUUCUCUUCUUUUCGCUGAUGAUUUGAUUUUGGUCCAAGGCAUUCUUCCCUUUGUUGGUGUUGGACAGUACGCAUUUGUAGGAGCUGUCAACAAAAAGAUGAAUCAACUAUACAAAGAGUACUGCACGCUUGAACUCAAGAAAAAUCCAAGAAAGGUUAAGACUAACCCUGGAGGGUUCCGGUCUGCUCACAGUCGCUCUUCGGGAAGCACCGACACUUUUUGCAGCGAAACAUUCUGUAACCAGCCACGUGCAGAAUACUGGCUCGUGGACAAUUCCAGAAAUAAGACACCUCAUCGUCAUAAUGUUUGUGCUGCCAUUGCCAAAAUUGGAAAUCUUGCUGUCAUGACAUGGGCACGACAAAAAGGAUUCCUAUGGGACGAAUGUACGUGUGCUAGUGCUGCUACAGGUGGACAUUUGGAAAUGCUCCAAUGGUUAAGAGAGAAUGGUUGCCCAUGGGAUAGUUGGACAUGUCACUAUGCUGCUAAAAGUGGCCAUUUGGAGAUUUUAAAGUGGGCUCGUGAGAAUGGUUGUCGAUGGAAUGAACGGACAUGCUCAGGUGCUGCUGACGGUGGACAUUUGGAAAUCCUAAAGUGGGUUCGUGAAAAUGGGUGUCCAUGGGAUGAAUGGACAUGUCAAGAGGCAGCUGAAAAUGGACAUUUGGAAAUUCUAAAAUGGGCUCAUGAAAGGCCAUCCAUGGAAUGA